AAUGCAGUUAUAUUGCUAACCGUCACUGCUAUAAGAAUUUUAUAUAAGGAGCGGAGCGAAGCAUCGUUUUGUUUUCUUUGUUUUGUAUAUAUUGUGUUUGUGAUUACGAGAAUUUUAUUUUUCUCUUUUAUGAAAAAACGUUCUUUUGUAGAGCGAAAAGCGUUUGGCAGAUGGAAUCUCGUUUACCGAAACCAAAAAUAAUGAUAAAGGCGAGUAGUGUAAUGGAUAUAAGUGUUAAGAAUAAUAAUCAUAAAAUAACAAAAAAUAAUAAUAUAUCAACUUCAACAUCAAUGGUAACGUCAACAAUAACGUCGACAUUAACAUCAACAUUAACCUCAACGUCAGUAGGUUCGGCUAGCAUGAAAUCUAUGACUGAAAACAAAUUACCAGUUAAACAGGCCUUAGUUCGAGCAAAGACGUUAUCUACAAUCACACGAUCAGAUAAUGUGCAGAGAGCAGUAAAACGAACAGCUACUAAUGUACCACAUGGAGAAGCAAAGAAACCUUUCGUUAAACCUGUUACUAAAGCACUAUUGGACAAGCCAAUUAAUAAUGCAUUAAUGACUAAUAAUACAGUGAAGAAGGUAAAUAAAAUUAUCCAAAAUGACAUAGAUAAUAAGACAGGCAAGAUAAAAAAAUGGGAUCUACGAGGUCGUUUGGCACAAACAAAUGAUAAGUUAUCAAUUGUACAACAAAAAAAUAAAGACACGGAGUCAAGAUGCAAUAUGCUCCAAGAAUUGGUAGAUACUUUAAAAACCAGUGAAACUGCAUGUAAAGCUAAAGCAGAAAAACUUGAAGUUUUAAAUAACACUUUGACUAACGAACUUCAGACUCUAACAGUAGAAAUAUUUGCAAUUAGAAAAAAUGAGGAAGAUUUAGUAAAACAAUUGAAAGAAUCAAAAGAAUUGUGCACAAGUCUUUCUUGUACAUUGAAUGAAUUUCAAGAAAAAUGUAAGAGUCAAGAGGUAUUGAACUUGGAACAAACUAAACAAUUAACAGUUUUGAAAUCAGAUUUAGAAUUGCAGAAAAAGUUAAAUAAAGAUUUGAAUAUUGUCAAGGAAGAAUUACAAGCGUUAACUCAUAAAAUGGAUAAAGAACGUAGAGUAUUGCACAAUACUAUACAAGAAUUAAAAGGCAAUAUUAGAGUGUUCUGUAGAGUUCGCCCCAGAACUCUUAAGGAAAUUGAACAAACGAAACCGCUGUGUAAUAUAAACUUUAUAGACGAUUGCACUAUUGAAGUAAGCAAAUCAGAUGGAUCAGAUGCAAUCGGAAGCUGCAGUCGGAAGUUGCGAGGAAUAAAACAAGAAUUUUCAUUUGAUAAAGUAUUUACUCCCAACGCAUCGCAGGCAGAUGUAUUUGAAGAGUUAUCCCUUUUAGUACAAUCAGCUCUGGAAGGAUAUAAUGUUUGCGUAUUUGCUUAUGGCCAAACUGGUUCUGGCAAGACAUAUACAAUGGAAGGGGAAUGUGGAUUACAAACCGAAGGCAUGAUACCUAGAACAGUACGUCAUAUAUUUAAAGAAAUGAAACAGUUUGAACUUCUUGGUUGGGAGUAUCAUAUAGAAGCAAGUUUUCUGGAAAUUUAUAAUGAACAUAUUGUUGAUCUUCUUGAUUCUCAAUCAAAAACACACGAAAUACGAAUGGUUGACAAUAAAAGUCAAGAUUUAUAUGUUAGUAAUCUUCGGGUAGAAGAAAUACAUAGUCCUGAAGAAUUGCAUAAAUGUCUUCAAACUGCACAACGUAAUCGAGCUGUUGCGGCUACUCAGUCAAAUGAACGAUCAUCUAGAUCGCAUUCUGUGACAAGAAUACGAUUAAUUGGUACACAUACCAUAAAACAAGAGAUAUCGAUAGGAAAUUUAAAUUUAGUCGAUUUAGCUGGAUCCGAACGUUUGAAGACUGAAGAAGCUGUUAGAACUACAGAAACAAAAAACAUUAAUAAAUCUUUGGCAAAUCUUGGUAAUGUCAUUUUAGCACUUUUAAAGAAACAAGAACAUAUUCCUUAUAGAAAUUCUAAAUUGACUCAUUUAUUGAUGCCUUCCUUGGGAGGCAAUUCGAAAACUUUGAUGUUACUAAAUAUAUCUCCAUUAGACGAAUGUUAUAACGAGACAUUAAAUUCGCUAAGAUUUGCUAGUAAUGUCAAUAAUUGUAAGAUUGAAAAAGUUAAACGAAGCCGAAUGAUUUUAUAGAACACGCUAACUAGAGUGUGUCCGGUUAAAGAAUAGUACACAUUACCUACAUACUUUUAUAUAUUAUAUAUACAUUUUUUAUUACUACAAAUAAUUUAAAAUAAUUUAAGGAAAACAUUCUCCUGUGAU